ACAGAAGGAAACAACAUGCAGAAACAUGACAGAUAGCUGCAUGAUAAGCAGACAAGACUGGUGUGAACCUGUUACCACUUUCAACAUGUUUAGGUUUGCCUUUAAUCUUUUGAAAUGGAUGCUGGGACUGCAUUUAUUCUUACCUACACAGAGUCCUUGGCUUUUUCGCCCAGCUUAAGCAAACUUACCUUCACUGCAGGCUUUAUACCUAAAUUCUGUUCUCUGAUAUGAGGGUACAUAGUGUUCAGACAUAUUCAUUUGUGUUAAUGUGUUAAACGUCAAUUUAGUUUUUAUUCCAAUGUGACCUCGGCCCUUUGCUGCAUGCCAUCCUCCACUCACUCCUCCCAAUAUUUCCCGUUUCAAUUUAGUUGUCCUAUCCGAUAAAGCCAAAAAGGCCCCAAAAAAAUGUACAAAGGGUUGAUGAUUUUUAUUACUAUUGUAUUGAAGUUGGCAUUGGUUAUAAAUGGACUUCAGUUCAUCGACAGGAGCUGAGAGAGUUGUUUAAAUGACACUUCCUAGUUAGGCUAGUUUUAAUUAUAUUUUUAUUUCUAGUCAGUUAAAGGUUUUAAUAAAACAGAAUAUAAUUUAAUUUUUGAGAAGAUAAGCUAGGUAGCUAUUGAUACAACAUUAUGCGAACAACUGAUACAAUCUUUAACUUCGUAAUGUUCAAGCUGAAUCAGGUUUCACAACCAGGAACUAUUUGAACUCAGUUACAUGUAAUGCUCAAUUCAUUUUAUUGUAUUUUAGCCCCGUGCUGCUAAAGCCAACACUGUGAGUGGGACAUUGGCCAAGAACCUAUUAGUGUUGUAGGAGCUGUGAUAGUGAUUGUAUGUGUGGCUUGACUAAUGUUUUCUUGUAAUGCAGAUGUUUCAUCCCCCAUACUUCCAAACACCACAAACACUGCUGCCCCUUUGGUCACCAGCUUGUCAGGCAACUCCUCGCCUCCACACACCGUGACAGUAGCUCCUGUCAUGUCUUCAGACACCUCAAUCACUGCCACCCAAACCUCCACUCACUCUUCACUUAUUACAGCCACCAUGUCUGCCACUACCUCUCCUGCAAGCACCUUACCCCCACCCACAACCAAUUCAACCAGCGAGAAAACAAACCCUCAAACAACCACAUCUCAAAACCAGAUCUCAAAUGCAAACACCACCUCCAGCACAGUGGCUCCGCCCACCGCAGCCACCACAAAAACACCUCCACUAUGUUCUUACGCUGUCUCAACCAUCAAGUUUGGCUUCAAGAUAACCAUAACAAGCUCUACCAAUGGUAUCUACGCCAUAAAGAUCAACGAAGAGGCCAAGCCUGAGACCAGAGUGUUCCACUCCAACCAAACCUCAUCACAUGAGAUCAAACAGCUGAAGCCCUGUACUCAAUACGAACAUGCUGUGGAAUUUAACAACAGUGCUGGCAACAUGACGCUCUGUAGCUACACUGGAAAUGAACCUUCUGAACUCACAACUCAACAAAUGGAACUGAAAGACAUUGAAGACGGUAGCUGCAUCCCAGGAUAUGUUUGUUACAGGAGUGAUUGGAACAUUGGCUCUUCAAUGUCAGCAUCUAAUAAUGUUGCAGUAGAGCGAUGCCUCACUGACUCUACACAGUUUUGUAUCAAACCUGCUAUCAAUGACAUUUGCACAAACUUGACCACAACCUUCACUUCAGGAAAGUGUAUGAACUCAACCUUCAAAAUCAUCAAAAGCAUCCCUGUUGAGUAUUUGAAUGCAAAUGAAUUACAACAGGAAAUACCAACUGAACUUCCUGUAGAUACAAUACAAACAAGAUUACCUCAAAACUGCAGUAAUCUCGACAUUGUAUACACGUGUCUGGAUAUGGAUGAAAACAGUGAGCCCAAGCCAUUGACUGAGCUGGAGCCCUUCACAAACUACAACUGUACGGGUCAGAUCAAGGAAAACAAUGUUUCCUUAAAGAACACAACUGCUAUCAAGUUCAACAUAGACUGUGAUCUUACAACUACAAUCACAAAGACGUCUGUGACCAACACUUCUGUUACGUUGAGUUGGACUACAACCAGUCAGAAAUGUAAAGAUGUCUUAACCAAGUCUCCAAAGUUGACUUUUCUCUGCAGUUGUGUCCCUCAUCAUUCCACACAUAAACGCAUUACAGGCGAACCUUCAAGCAGAGGAACAUGUUUAAUUAAAAAACUGGAACCGUACACCAUCUAUACAUGUGAUGUUGAACCCCACUACAAGAACAAAGAUUUGGACAAAAGAACUUCAAUAAAAGAUGUUGAGACUGACGUUGGCAUACCAGCUAAUAUCUCUGAUCCGGAGGUGUUUCCACUAGGGCAUAAUGAGAUAAAAGUAACCUGCACUCAUUCAAAAAAAUUUCAUGGACCUGGAGGGUAUUACUUUGCACGUCUUCGUUAUAACGGUGACAUUAGGAAGCUACGAAGUGAAACAUGUCAUUUUAUAUUCAAAGAUCUGAGCUACUCUACAGCAUACAUCCUGGAGGUGUUUGCUGGCAAUGAACGAUUUGAGGGAAAUCUGAAGCACAGAACAGUUAACACUGAAUAUAAUGACAAAGCCGUCAUUGGGUUCCUCAUCUUCCUCAUCAUCCUCACGUCUGUGGCCCUGCUUUUGGUUGUCUAUAAGAUUUUUAUUCUCAAGCGCAGACAGUCCCACGAUAUGAGUGAAAACAUCAAGCUCAUUACAACAAAUGAUGAGGAGAACCUGCUGCCUGUCGAGCCCAUUACAGCUGAGUUCCUGCUGGAGGCCUACAAGAGGAAGCUGGCUGAUGAAGGGAGACUUUUCCUGGCAGAGUUUCAGAGCAUCCCCAGAAUCUUCUCGAGGUACUCUGUGAAAGAGGCCAAGAAGCCAUGCAACGCCCCGAAGAACCGCUACGUGGAUAUCCUGCCAUACGACCACAACCGUGUGCAGCUGGCCACUGGAAACGGAGAGGCAGGAUGUGACUAUAUCAAUGCCAGCUUCAUUGAUGGGUACAAGGAAUCCAGGAAAUACAUUGCAGCUCAAGGGCCAAAGGAAGAGACUGUGUGCGACUUCUGGAGGAUGGUGUGGGAGCAGCAGUCCUCUAUCAUUGUCAUGGUAACACGUUGUGAAGAGGGAAACAGGGUAAAGUGCGCGCAGUACUGGCCGUCUGUGGUGCAAGAGGCCGAGAUCUUUGAGGAGUUCAUCGUGAAGCUGAACUCAGAGGACAACUGUCCCGAUUACACCAUCCGUCGUCUCAGCCUCAUUAAUAAGAGGGAGAAGAACUCAGAGAGGGAGGUGACCCACAUCCAGUUCAUCAGUUGGCCCGACCAUGGCGUCCCAGGGGAGCCACAUCUUCUCCUGAAACUGAGGCGGCGUGUCAAUACGUUCAAAAACUUCUUCAGCGGCCCCAUCGUCAUCCACUGCAGCGCAGGAGUCGGCAGGACAGGCACAUACAUUGGCAUCGACGCCAUGAUGGAGGGUCUGGAGGCGGAGGGCAGAGUGGACAUCUAUGGUUACGUAGUCAGACUCCGCAGACAGAGAUGUCUGAUGGUUCAAGUGGAGGCCCAGUACAUCCUGAUUCACCAGGCGCUGCUGGAACACAACCAGUUCGGAGAGACAGAGAUCACUCUGCCUGAGCUGCACAGCUCACUGUCCACGCUCAACCACAAAAACUCUGAUAACGAACCAUCCUUAUUAGAAGAGGAGUUUGAGAGACUCCCUACCUUUAAAAACUGGAGGACAUUUAAGUCUGGGAUCUCAGAAGAAAACAAGAAGAAGAAUCGUACUUCUUCUGUCAUCCCAUAUGACUACAACCGAGUGUUGCUGAAGCUUGAUGAAGGACACAGUCGUGACAGUGAACAUGAUGAGGAUGAAGAGGAAGAAUCAUCAGAUGAGGAAGACGAGGACUCCACAAAAUAUAUCAAUGCCUCACACAUAGAUGGUUACUGGGGCCCACGCAUCUUCAUCGCUGCACAGACUCCGCUGCCAGACACCAUGGCUGACUUCUGGUCCAUGGUUUAUCAGAAGAAAGCCUCAACUAUCGUCAUGCUCUCAGACUGCAGUGAGGGAGAGAAGUCUGACUGUGUCUACUGGGACAAAGACAAGAAAACAUUCGGGGACUUUGAAGUGGAGGUAGCAAGCACAGACAUCACCCCGACCUUCACCACCCGAAACAUGCUGCUGCGCCAUGUCAAGAGGAAAGAGAGUCGGCCGGUGAAACAUUUCCAGUUCCUGAAAUGGGAGAGCGAAGAGCUGCCAGAAAAACCUCAGUAUCUGACCGACAUGAUCAAAGACAUCAAGCAUAGCUGUGGCAGCGACAAAUCACAGCAGAACAAUUCCACCGUGGUCCACUGCAACGAUGGCUCGUCCCGCACUGGGGUUUUCUGUGCUCUCUGGACCUUGCUGGACAGCGCUGAGACUGAGAAGCUGGUGGAUGUUUUUCAGGUGGCCAAAACUCUGCGCAAGGAGCGACAGGGCAUGCUCUCCAGUCUGGAGCAGUACCAGUUCUUGUACAACGCACUGGAGGGGGUCUUUCCUGUUCAGAACGGGGACGUGAAAGCAGCACAGGCCUCCGCGGCCGACUCCGUCCUGAUCGUUAAUGAAACCAAAUCAGCAGCAGAGCCCGAUGAGCCAGCCAGCACUGCCAGCAAAGGCCAGCAGGGGGCAGGAGAGAGCACUCCUGAUGUGGGUGAUGGAGUAAAGGAAGAGAAAAAAGAGGAGGCUGAAAAGGUUCCCACCGAGACAACACCCCUGGAGGACAGCAGCAACGGUCCUACGGUCACUGCUGAGGUCUGAGGAGGGGUUGCGUACAAAUUUCUGCCUACUACUUUGGAAAAUAAGCGCUUUAGCUUAAUGCUUUCUCAUAUUAUACUUAAUGAAUGUAAAAAACAAUGUAAAGAUGAAGCUCAGAAUGGCUUGAGAUUUGUGAAAGAAUUUGAUCAAAUGUUUAAUGUCAAUUUUUAAAAGUACAAUUUAAACUAAGUUAUAAAUAUCUUAGAAGAGAACGUUUCACAUUGAAGAGAGUGCAAGCAAAUUUUACAAUAAUGCUGUUGUCAAACUAGAGUCCUUUACUGUAUCGUGAGGCACGGGAAAUUCUAAAUAUAAAGUGGGUGCAAUUUUAUAUAUCCCACUUUAAGUGCA